AUGUUCCCUUCUAAGGCUCUCCUUUCUAUUCUCCUUAUCGCACUGUCCGCUGUGGAUGCAUUCCCCCUGCGCCAUGAAGCUGCGCCGACCCUCGCCUUCAACGCUAGGAUGAACGCCAGGGCUGGUACUACCAACAUCGCUGAUGCUGACAGGGCCCGUGCUCAGGCGAUGCAACAUACCAGUUUCAGCAAGCGUGCUAGCAGCUCCUCGUUCAGUAUAGCCAAUGCUGUCACGAGUUACACUGCCCAAGUUGGUGUCGGCAGCCCUGCAACUCAGUACACGCUCCUCAUUGAUACGGGCAGCUCCAACACCUGGGUGGGUGCAAACACCCCAUACAAACGCACCAAUACUAGUGUGGAUACUGGUGGCUCUGUCUCCGUCUCUUAUGGUUCCGGCAGGUUUUCCGGAGAGGAAUACUUGGACACAGUUACUCUCAGUUCUGAUUUGGUCAUCACCGGACAAUCUAUCGGGGUCGCAACCAGUGCACAAGGGCUUGAUGGCAUUGAUGGAAUUCUUGGUGUCGGACCGACUGACCUGACGCUGGGCACCGUUUCCAAUGUUGGUUUAGUCCCCACUGUGACCGACAACCUCUAUGGCAAGGGUACCAUUGGCACUGAGGCACUCGGAGUCUACUUUGCUCCUGGUGGCAGCGCUGGGGAGCUCACAUUUGGUGGAUUCGACAGCUCAAAGACAACGAGCUCAGUGAAUUACGUCCCUCUCACGACCACGUUGCCUUCUGGCGAAUACUGGGGUAUCGACCAAUCGAUCACCUACGGUAGCUCCACCAUUUUGUCCGCGACUGCUGGUAUCGUCGACACUGGCACGACCCUCAUUCUCAUCGCCACCGAUGCAUUCAACAAGUACCAGUCUGCUACUGGUGCUACGUUGGAUAGCAACACCGGUCUCUUGAUGAUCACGUCUGGGCAGUAUGCUAACCUGCAAACCCUGAACUUCAACAUCGGUGGUACUUCUUACGGCCUCACCCCCAACGGCCAAAUCUGGCCCCGUUCCCUUAACACUGACAUCGGUGGUAGCAGCAAUAACAUCUACCUUAUCGUCAAUGAUAUCGGUUCCAACUCUGGCACUGGUCUCGACUUCAUCAACGGUUACUCAUUCCUUCAACGCUUCUACUCUGUGUUCGACACCAGUAACCACCAAGUCGGCUUCGCAACUACUUCGUCUACCUCUGCGGUCUCCAACUAA